CCUCGGUCCCUUCCCGGCGGGGAGACAACCCCUUUCUGCCGGCGGCCCCUCAGGGCCCCGCUCAGCAGCGAGCGGGACGGGGCUGCUGGCACCCCGCUGUGCCCGCGGGGUCUGCCCACCCCCACCCGCCGGUGAUCCGCCCGGGGAACCCGCGGGGAGGUGGCCAGGGGGCUGCGGGCGCGGUGUUCUGAGAGCUGGAAGUCUGGGAUGUGGGAGAGGUUGGGUCGACGUGGCCCCGACCUGCGUGCAGGGAAACCCUGGGCUCUCGAGUGCAUAGCUCAUCGCUGCUGCAGCUGUUAAAUACCUGCUAUAGACACAUCGGCGCGGGAGAGACGUUGAGCCAGCUCUCACUUUCUCACUAUGCUGAAGACCGUUCAGAAAAGAAAACUCAUGGAUCUCACACGCAGUGUCAUCAUCCCACUGCUCUUUGGCAGCCUGGGGAUCUUUGCCCUUUUUCGGCUACUGCAGUGGAUGCGGAUGCGAGCUUACCUCCAGGAAGCAGUGGUCGUGAUCACAGGGGCUACCUCUGGCCUGGGAAAAGAAUGUGCAAAAGCCUUCCAUGCAGCUGGCUCCAAGCUGGUGCUCUGUGGCAGAGACGGCGAGAAACUCAAAGACCUGGUGCAGCAGCUAUCUACCACGACCAAUCACCGAAAGAACACACAUAAACCUCACACUGUGGUAUUUGACCUCUCGGACACUAAAACUGUCCUAAAUGCUGCUGAAGAGAUCCUGAAGUACUUGGGUCAUGUGGACAUACUGAUCAACAAUGCAGGCAUUAGCUUCCGCGGCACAAUUGUGGACACAGGACUGGAUGUGGACAAGAAAGUGAUGGAAACAAAUUAUUUUGGUCCUAUAGCCCUCACCAAAGCACUUCUCCCGUCCAUGAUCAAGAGGAGACAAGGCCACAUUGUGGCCAUCAGCAGCGUUCAAGGCAAAAUAAGCAUUCCUUUCAGAUCAGCAUAUGCUGCCUCUAAGCACGCUACCCAGGCCUUCUUUGAUUGUCUACGAGCAGAGGUGGAGCAGUAUGACAUUGAUGUGACAGUGGUAAGCCCCGGAUACAUUCAGACAAACCUCUCUCUCAAUGCUGUAACAGCAGAUGGAUCUCGCUAUGGAGUUAUGGACAAGAACACCGCCGAAGGACAGACAGCCGCAGAGGUCGCUCAGGUGGUUCUCAAUGCAGUGGGACAGAAGAAGAAGGAAGUACUUGUGGCUGGUCUAACACCCUCCCUGGCUGUCUACCUGCGAAACCUCUUCCCCAGGCUCUUCUUCACCUUAAUGGCAACUAGAGCAAAAAAGGAGAGAAAAGCAAAGGACUCUUAGAGCUCAGCUAAUUCGAGCAGUAACUGUAGGGAGAGGCCAACCCCCUGCAGUUUGGCUGAGACAUCAGCAGAGGUGCUCCUGCAGGAAAAACCUUUCUCAAAAUUCUGCAAUUUACCAUUGCAUGGAGAGUGGGAAGCAGUUUCCCCCACCUCAGGGCAGGCCCGCUUGCUGGGAGACAGCACCUAAACCUCACCUGAAGAAGGGUGCUUGGACAAAGGGGGAGAGCUGAGGCUGCAGGGGAGGGUAACUCAAGGGAACACACUUUGCAGUAGGGGAGGCCCAUGUGUGGGAAGACUGCACCUCACCUCACUCCAGGCAGGCUCAGCUUUACUGGCCCACUACAAAUAAAACCCCUGGUUUGCCUUCACACGAGCAGAUCUUAGCUUUCCCCACCCUGUGGCCUCUGUGAAAUCAUCCUCAGUUGGGAGUCCUCCUUAUUAGUGUCUCCUUCCCACCCGUUCCAAUCUUAUCUAGAACGUGUUACUUGAAGUAGAAAACUUCACAGAGCCUCUGCUUGUUAACAUGCCAAAUCAUGAUAUAUUAAGUCCAGUGCCACUUUUAAAAAAGUAACUGAUGUAAAAUGUUUUAUUUGGCAAUUGUUUUACCUGUCUGAAUAAUGCCUUACUGAUGUACAUUUAACUCUGUACUACCUGACAGUACAGUAUUAACCCCAGCACCAGUUAAUGCAGGGGAAGCACUGAACAGAUAAAAAAUAGCACAGCAAGGUGUACUGUUGCGUGUAAAUAGUGUGCAGCUAAUGGCAGCACACCUGGUCCACCUGCAGGCCUAGAGCACAGAGCAGGUGUGAUUCUUCAGAAGCCAGGCACUGUCUCCUGGCAAAGCAGAGGAGAGUCUGUGUGCAUACGGUGGACAGCAUAGGAGACAGACCCUUACUUCUCAUCUGUUUUAAAGCAAUCACAGAUGCUAAUUAGGAUCCCAUCCAGAGGGGGAACAAUACCCGCCUGUUCAGAUAUCACUGGCUCCAGGGAGUCUGACAGCCUGAGGGAGUGCCAUAUUCCAUUCCUCACCCCUUGUCCUCAUGUGAGGGAUACCUGCACCACUAGGAAAAAAGAAUCACUGCACAGAGAUAGUUCACUAAGGACAGAAAUAAUUAACUUACAAUUGAAAUAAAGCCUACUAGUGGGAACCAAGGUCCAGACCCCUGCUGCCACCUCCAUGCACUUACCAGCAUUUUCCACGUGUACUGCCUUGUACGUUCCUGCCUGCGAGUGCACAUCUGAUGACAAAUAAAUUAAACUGCUGUGAAAUUAA